UCAAGCCCUAGAUCAGAUUACAAGACAUUUAAAGGGCUAGUGUGGAGUGAGGCAGCUUAACCGGUGACUAUGCCGUGUCAGUUAGGGAUACAGAGAUAAGCAAGCCCCGGUGAUGUGCGCACAACUAAAACAGGAUUACCCAUUGACACGCAUACUCGUGCUGAGGUUUGCUGAAGGUCCGAUGGGCUGUCGCUAGUGGCCAUCUGUUCGAGACCCAAAUGCCUGGUAAACUACUAAACGGCUAGGAUCGGUUCGAUCUCAGGAACCCAUGAAACAGAAGCUUCCAAAGGACAGGCUUUCUUUAGAUUCAACGAAGGCCGUACGGUGGUGUUCAUGAGACCCGUUGACUGACUAAGGCGUCUGUUGGCAUGUAAAAAUUGCUUGCCGGCAUGAAGGGUUUGUGUUACUAUAGUGUACGUUGUGCUUCCUAUGAGCUUGAGCGAACUCAACAGCAUAAGCGACCUCAUGCCCAACUCACUCAUCGCUGCUUUACUUCUACUAUUAUUUGUUUGGCAGUCAAACUAGCUGUGAAUGUUGGAUAAUACGUUAGUUUCCCAAGCAGCGUGGCUGCUUUCUGUCCCGGAAACUGCAGCUCGGAAGCAUGGGCAACACGCGCGUGGUCGCAUAUGUAUUGCCAGCAAUGGGCAACCGGGCAGGCCAGGCAACAACUCCCGUGGCCCGGAUGGAAUAUCCGGCCGCAGGGCUCCGCGUGGCGCUCCUUGAGCUUUUCAGAGUUGUUAUCAGAAUGCCAGCAGGACGUGCUGCCUGCGCUUGCGCUGUUCCAGCGCGCACUAAAGGCAGCUGCCGAUUCCACCAAUCCAGCUGUUGCAGAGACCCAACUUGCCGGGAAAUGCGGCGUUGCGGCAUGUCAGCUGAUGUUGAGCAUUGGGCACAGCGACGCGCGUGACGCCACAGCGUUUGCGUGCGACGCGUUUCGGAGCCUGUGUCAUGCAAUUUGCAUGGCGUCCGACUUUCCUUUGAGCAACAUUGGCGGCGCUGUUGUGGCUUCCAUGCUGUCACUGGAUGGCGAAAACAAUGCAUGCCAGACCUGCGUGGUCUGCAUCCUUGCUUGCACGCUGGCCUGCUUACAUCAAUUUUCGCGGACACAUCCUGAUGCUUGUCGCCAAGACACACAAUCUCUCUUCGAGCUGCUGCUGAGCCUCCCGACCAUCAACAACGGUUGUGUCGCUCUUGGCCACCCAGCUGCUGCGCCCUUGUACGACAACAGCAGUUGCAGCAGCAGCAGCAGCAGCCCAUUGCUGGCGUCCGUGGGGCCUAGCAGCUUUGGCCUCGUGAUCCUGCAGGCCACCGCCAUCCUAGAGCAGGGGCUCCUCCCAUGCACCACCGCGGGUCCAGGUGACUACGCCGCCGCCGCGGCUGCCGGACAGCUGCGAUCCGCCCUGGAGUCCGCCCACACGGCCCUGGCGGAGGCACUGCGCCGCCGCGGCGUGGCGCCGCCGGAGCUGGCGGCGGCAGCUGGCGGCAGCGGCGGCGGUGGGGGGAGCGGUGUUGGGCGGCGGACGGGUAACAGCUGCGAUGGUGGCGGGGCUGUUCUGCGGGAGGCGAGCGGAGGCGACAGCAGCGCCCGCGGCGGCAGCGACAGCGCCCGCGGAAGAGGGGCCGCAGAUGAGGAUUACGGCAGUGUCAGCAGUGAGGGCGGCGACGCUGACGUGGGCGCUGCGCCGGCGGAGGCGAGUGGCAGGACUGGCAGCGGCGGGACGGCUCAGGGGUCGCCAGCUUUGGCUUCCAACGGACCUGCCAGCGACGUCGCUGAAGCACCGCCGCCGCCGCAGCAGCAGCAGCACAGGUGGUUACUGCCCUCACGGGCGGCUGAGGUGCCGCCGCCACCGCCGCAGAGCGCUGGAGACGGUCCAGGAGCGGCGGUAGCAGCCAGCCAAGCGCCUCUGCCCUCUUCCCCUGGCAGCUUGGCCGCGGCAAUCGACCAGCUGCUGCUGCUGCACAAGACCGGGGCAGCACCAACACCAGCACCAGCGGUGGUAUCGGCCCCAGCCGCCAAGACUGGCAACACAACGACGGGUGCAACGUCAUCAGCGCCGCCGCUACAUCCCCCGCAGCAGCAACAGCUGCCCUGUCCCGCGGAUGCUGGCGACACCAGGUGUGCCCGCCUUGCACCCUGCAGCUCGCUUCCGGUAGCGCCCGCCACCACCGGCCAUGACCGGCCGCCCUUCCCUGGACCCGGCCCCCGGGUGCCUCCCGUCACCGCAACAACCAACCCCAGCAGCAACCCAACCCCGAUCCCAACUGCCACCUCCACCAACAGCGCUGCCGGCAUCACAACAGCCACCCGCCCCGGCUCCUUGUCCUGGAUCCCGGAUCCGCUGGCAGUUUGCGAUGCAAACUGUAGUGCCGGCAACAGCAGCAGCAGCAGCGGCGGCGGUGCCGGCAUGGACCGUAGCAGCAGAAGCAGCGAUAGCGGCAUCCCCAGCAGUGUCGAGGCUGGCAGUGGGAAUGGCGUCGCCGCUGAUGCUGCCGUUGCAGGUGUUGUGGUGCAUCCACUUGCUGGUUGCCGUACAGUCGAUAAGGACGUCACAGAGGCCGGGCCGAGGCUGAUUUGUCGCGAGCCGUUGAUCAGCGUUCAAAGCCUGAUGCGCGCAUCUAAGGAGCCGAAGGCAACAGAUGAGGGUGACGGAGGCGCAUGCAGUGGCGGCGGAGGCGGAGGCGAGCCGUUCCGGGUGCAGCUGCCGUCGCUGCGUCGUGCCGUACACCCGUCAGCAGCGCCGGCGCCGUCGGCGGCAAAAGAGCUCAUCCGGCUUACGACCCAAGCGCCCCCGCUGCCGCCGCCUGCGUCACAUCAGCAGCAGCAGCACAUGCUAGUGCUGGACACGCCCUUCCGUCGGGACUCAGCUGCUGCCAUAGCAGCAGCUGCCGCCGCCGCCGCCAGGAGCGCAACCGGCAACCACCACCACCACCACCUCGCUGACAGUGAUUGCCACUCUGCCGCUCGGGUGGCCGUGAAAUCAGCCCCGCUGACCAGCACUCUAGAACUGCAGCGACGCCUCCGCCGGGCCGCAGCUAGCGGCGACGCUAUCUGCGACGGUGACGGCGACGGCGGCAGUUGUGGUGGCGAUGUGGGCGACAGCAGUUUUGACAAGUCCUUCUCAUCUCGCCCCGGCUCCAAAAGCCUCCAACAACUGGCGGCAGCGCAAUCCCGAGGCGUUAGCAGCAGCUUGCUUGUGGCUGGCGGCAGCAGCGGCGCUAAGAGCCGCCUCAUGGCAGGCAAGGGUGACGGCGGCGACGACACCUGCUACAGCGUCUGUCGUACUUCGGCGCCCGGCAGCUCCCAUUGGCAGGUGGCGGCGGCAGCAGCGGCCUCAGCGGCUGCCGCCGCGGCGGCGGCAGGCGUGUCCUGGAGUCCUGGAUCCGGAACCAAGUGGAUCUGCAGUUCGGCAGCGACGUACGGCAGCUGCGGCGGCGCCUCCGGUGCUGGCACCAAGGGGCUCCGGGAAAGCGCUGCGACGGCGUUUCUGAGGGCGGCGGCAGGGCUGCCCGCCGGGCCCAAGUCGGCAGCAGCGGUGGCGGCGUUGGGAGAGCGAGCGUUGAGCCAUGUGGGGUUCUGAGGGCUGAUUUAAGAGUUGUUGGCUGUUGUGAAGGAAGUGGUGCGUGCUUGGGAAUACGGAAGGAGAGGUGAGGGGUUGCGGGUGAACGGGAUGGCUGGGGCGGGCGGUGCGAAAGGCGCUGAGCUGCUUGCUGCUGCAGGCCGAUGAGGUGUAUGCGACCUGCGACGCUCUUGCAUGGCGGCCUUGCCGCUGCCAUCCUCGCCUUUUCCAUUCAAGAACAGGUCAGGAAAAGAAGUUUAUGGACGUUGCUGUGUCGUACGGGGUACGGUACACCGACCCUCUUGACGCAUUCUUUAGCGGCUGGCCCGCUGACGUUCUUGUUGUAUACGAAUUUGGCACAGCUAUUUGCCGGAUGAAGUAUUGUGCAUGUUUGUUGGACACCACGUCGACAACCCUUUUUUGCUGUUUACAAAACCCUGUGCUGAGAAUUGCUGCACAGCCAGCGUGACUAGUAGACGUUGAAGACGAGUAAAAGCAAGUGUUGGGCGUUUGAUUACGCAUGCGUCCUUGCCUCGCUGUACGUGAUGAACUCGUUAAGUUGACCCUGCAGUUGACCUGCCGUUGUGCCGUACGGCCGGUGCGGGUUGUAUGACUGGUACGCAUAUUUGGGAUAUUUCAUACGUCCUUCUCAUGUCUUUAGGCUUAUACGCCGACUGGUUUAUUAAAGUUAAAACCGUGUUAAUACAUAACCUCACGUUACAUAUUUCGCCUAGGGAUAGAGGUGGUGCUUUUGGUUCUGGUGUUCGAGCGUGCCGGGUGGGGAGGCAUAGGUGCACACAGGGCCGGGAGGGACUUGGAGCAUCUUUAUUGGGCAAAAGGUUGAGGGCGAAGAAGCUGGCCUCAGCAUCUGCUGCCAUCUACGCACGCUUGUAGUGUUUGGGUGAUGCGGCAAGGAACGCUACGGCAGGGCGGUGUAGACAGCCCCUUACAAACAGGAAGGCACUAUGGGAGGGGGAGACUGCAGUGGCUCGGAUAGACUAUGAUAAAUGCCUUAUCCCACCUUUUCACCAAAACUAAGGAAUUGUUAGUAGUAGGAACAAAGGCACACUUUAUAUAUUAUCACCCACAACCAAAAGGGUAGCAAUAAAGGACGUUGACCUCCUGAGCUACAGCUCCAAUCAAUUCAGUGCAUAUCGUGUAUCAAAGCCCCUGCGCUCA